CAGUUAUCUAGUUUCUCAGAACUUUUGGUAGAUGGGGCUCCAUUAAUGGAGGCAGGGCAGGUACGGCACCCACAUUUGAAGGUUCAGGUAGAUGACUCAACCUCUGAGGAAGAGGUUCUCGAGGAUGAGGAGGUUUUAUCUCGGGAGAUAAAAGUAGAUGUUACCCCAGCUGCAGUAGAUAAUGUUACAUCAUCUGAAAAGGUAGAAGUAGGUGUUCCAUCACCCCUGGAAAUAGUAGUUGAUAAUUCUAAAUCCCAAGGCCCACCAGUAGAAGCUGUAGCAGCUGUAGUGGAUAGUGCAAGUGAUCAUGGAGCAAAAUUACCUGAUCACUCCCAGAAUGAGGUUUUACCCCAGGAAAACCAAGCUUGUGUUUCACCUCCUGACAAGGAAUCUCAAGUAGGAUCAGGUCAACCCCAGGAAGAGGCAGAAGCUGAUACUGCAUUACCUCGAGGAGAAACAACAACGAAAAUUGGUGAAUCCUCAUUAACGGGAGGGUUUAUAGACAUUUCAACACUCCAGGAAGCUCAGGCAGAUAUUACCCAACCCCAGGAAACACCGAGCACAGGACAGGAGACUAUGCAAAAACAAAUUAAAACUGAUCAAAUAGAUUCUGAAUCUCCAGAGUCGCCACAAGUUACAGAACCAGACCAGAAGCCUGAAGUACAGCCACCACAAGUUACAAAACCAGAACAGAAGCCUGAAGUACAGCCACCACAAGUUACAGAACCAGACCAGAAGCCUGAAGUACAGCCACGACAAGUUACAGAACCAGACCAGAAGCCUGAAGUACAGCCACCACAAGUUACAAAACCAGAACAGAAGCCUGAAGUACAGCCACGACAAGUUACAGAACCAGACCAGAAGCCUGAAGUACAGCCACCACAAGUUACAAAACCAGAACAGAAACCUGAAGUUAAGCCACCACAAGUUACGGAACCAGAACAGAAGCCUGAAGUACAGCCAUCACAAGUUACAGAACCAGAACAGAAGCCUGAAGUUCAGCCACCACAAGUUACAGAACCAGAACAUAAGCCUGAAGUACAGCCACCACAAGUUACAGAACCAGAACAGAAGCCUGAAGUUCAGCCACCACAAGUUACGGAACCAGAACAGAAGCCUGAAGUACAGCCACCACAAGUUACAGAACCAGAACAGAAGCCUGAAGUACAGCCAUCACAAGUUACAGAACCAGAACAGAAACCUGAAGUUAAGCCACCACAAGUUACAGAACCAGAACAGAAACCAGUCUUGGCUAACACUCGUCCUCAGGAGACUUCAGUAGAUCAACAGUCUGGCAACAAAAGUGACUUUUCAGAUGAUGUUGCACAUAAAGAGGAAGCUGUAGUUAAGGCAAAACCAACAGUGGUGAAGGAAGUAACGUUCAAAUUACCUUCAGAAUCCCCGGUAAGCAGUGAGACAGGAGGAGAGGAAGGUUCAUCAGAAGCUACAGAAACUGGAGCUGAUAUAUCUGACUUUGUUUCAUUUGCUGAGGAAAAUAACCCCCCUGUUGAGCCUGAUGCCAAAGCAUUGCCAGUAGAAGUUGUUACUGAUGUACCAGUAGCCUACUUUGAUCAGGCUUGUGGGGUAAAUGAUAAAGAAAUGGAGGUAGAAUGCAGAGGCCAGGAAACUCAGACAUCAUUUGCCUUACCACCACCUGUUCUUGUGACUGAGAGCAAAGAGCACAGUACUCAAACAGAAGAAGAGAAAGGGAUCACAGUCGUAGGUCUGAGCACUUCCUUUCGUCACGACAAAGAUGGAGCAGAGACACGAGCAGGAAGCCAGGGCCCCAUUCAGCCCAAAGUGACAGAAAUCCUCCUUGAUGCUCUGCUUCCCUCAGAAACACAACUGCUAGUUAAAGACACUAGAUUUGUUGACUCAACACCAAUGCAGAAUGUGGAAAUUGAAGGAAGUGAGGCUGGAGCUGUACCAUGUAUUGUGACUAGUCAUGUAAGUCUGGCAUUUUUAGGGCUGGAACAUCGUGAUGAAAGUGGUACCCGUCAAUCACAGACAUUGACACCUGUUAAGGAAGGACAAGAUGCUGUCACAUCACCAGAUAAUGCAAAAAACUCUUCAAAACAAGAAUGUAAGGAAUCUUUGUCAGCAAAGCAUAAAGACUUAGAAGUAAUUGCUUCAGUAGAUCCCAAAGUAGACACACACUCAGCUCCUAUAACUUCUCCAUUAGCAACCUCCAAUAGUACUCUCACAUCAGGUCAAAUUGUUUCUGAUCAGGUAAGUCACACAAAGAAUAAAUCUGCCACAGAUCAAGCAACCAAAAUUACUCCAAAAGAUAAUUCUGUGAAGGCAAUUAAUGGAGAGGGUAAACCAUCUGCUGAACAUAAUACAAUGCCAUCAGCAGAAGUAAACAAACAGCAAACUUUAGUUGAUCUAAGUCAACAAGCUUUGCCACGCCCAAUUAGCCCAGUGCCCCCUCGUGUACCUGAGGAAGAAGACGGAAAUUGUAAUUUAAAAUCACCUACACAGACUCUUCAGUCACGAGAGCAGCACGAAGAUGCAGCACCACAUCCAGUAAGUCCAUCCUUGGAGGCCAUUGCAGAAGCAGUGGCUGCCUCUACAACUCGUGCUGCACUGGAGCUGCUCGCGACAGCCACCACAGACACCUCCAGUCCACGCCAAGAGUCACAGGCUGUAAGCAGUCGCCCAGCUGUACACACAGAGGAGGUUCAGUCUGAUCAGUCCCCUAUAUCCACAGAUGAGUCCUCCUCAGCCACUACAGUAGUAGCCAUUAGUGAUGUAGAAGAGGAUUUAGGAGCUUCUGACUUACGUACUCAAAGUGCAACAGAGACUCUUGGCCCUGAUGCAACUUCAAAAUCAUCCACAGUUUCCAUAACCACCAUCACUCACACACCUUCAGACUCCCCAGUUUCCACACCAACAGAGGAGGUAACACAAGAGAGCGUGGAAGCUGCCCUUGCUGAGGCAGUGCAAGAAGAAGUUCCCAGCAGUACUGUGAAAUCUGCUGGGCCCCAAGCAGCUUCUCCCCAAAAGGGCCCUGAAGCCACCACAGUCAGCCCACAGAAAGAGGAUAGUCCGACAUCGAGCAAAGGUUCAAGCCCCGACAUGGACGAGUACGAAGUCAUCACGAAAGAUGAAGAUAACGUGCGUGCUCCCCUCGCCCCUAAAGAGAAGUUGUCUGACAAGGAGCCUACUACAGCAAAGAGCGAGGCUACCCAACUACAAAGUCAGAAGGCUGUAAAACAUGUUAAGCAUGAGGAAGAAGAAGAAGAAGAGGAGGAGGAAGAAGAGGAAGAGGAGGAGGAGGAAGAGGAGGAGGAGGAAGAAGAAGAAGAAGAAGAAGAAGAAGAAGAAGAAGAAGAAGAUGAAGAGGAGGAGGAAGAGGAGGAGGUUAAACAAGAAGUAAAAAAACAAGAAGUGAAAAAACAAGAAGUGAAAAAAGUUAACGUAGAAAAGGAACAGGAACCAGAAAGUGAAGAAGAGGAAGAAGAAGAAGAAGAAGAAGAAGAAGAAGAAGAAGAAGAAGAAGAAGAGCAGGAGGAAGAAGAGGAGGAGGAAGAGGAAGAAGAAGCAGAAGAGGAAGAAGAAGAGGAAGAAGACAAAGAAGAACACGUUGCACCAUCCAAGCAGCAGCCACAGCCUAAGACCACACAACAAUCUUCAACUAAGGACGAGACGCCUGCACACAGUACACCCACACAACCAUCCACCACAGCCACAAAAGAAGACACUGAACAAUUGCAUUCAAAUAAAGAGUGAAACAAGUUUACGUUUAUAAGAAGGCUAGUGGCAAAAUAAAUAUGUUACAGAUGAACAUCAUAUAGGAAAUUCCCUAUUGUGGAUGUCAUGAACUGUACUGUAUGUCCAUUAAUUGUGUCCAGUUUAGUUGUAAAGUGAACACUAAUAUGCAUUAGUUAUACAGUAUAUAUAUAUAUAUAUAUAUAUAUAUAUAUAUAUAUAUAUAUAUAUAUAUAUAUAUAUAUAUAUAUAUAUAUAUAUAUAUAUAUAUAUAUAUAUAUAUAUAUAUAUAUACAGUAUAUAUAUAUAUAUAUAUACAUAUACAGUAUAUGCUUACCCGAGCAAACGUUGUUGAAGAUAGUGACCCUUUUUAUUCUCCGACCAUAAAUCACUAUUGCACUGUAAAUCAAAGCAAGGACCGAGGGUCUCCUCAAACACCAGUUAAUUAUCUUGUGAUUGUGAUCCUCAGUGUAUGUAAUCAAGUAUAUGUACGUAUAAGCAAGAUGUCGAGUGCUUCAAUAUACAAAGAGAAUGUCGUUCUAUUUGUAUGGUUAACUCUGUGAUAAUAUGUUCUGGCUUGAAUAUUAUGCACACCUUUCCAAUGGUGAGGCAAGAGGUGAUUGACUGAUGACAGCUCUGAUAAAUAUUUUCAUAUUUGCUACAUAUAAAAAAUAAUAGAUUUAUCUUGAUUGUAAAACACAAACUUUCAUCAUAGGUUGUACAAGUGUUGGCAGAAUAUAAAUAAAGUUACUUUACCUGGUUAUCAUGGCCUCUUGCAUGCUAGAUACAUUUCUCUGUAUAUUUUCUCUUUUGCUGAAUUUUAGAAAGAUUAUGCAUGCACCUCCGCCCUGCUUAAUGCAUUAAAUCACUUGUAUGUACUGAAGCAGUCAUCCAGCAGAGGGACGCUUGAUCCUCAAGAUCACUGCUACAUAUAUUAAAAUUUGCAUUAGUAGUGACUCAAAAUAUUAUAUAAAUACACAAAUGAAGUAUUUCACGAAAACUAAUAAGAAUAUAUAUUAUUUUUGGGGGGAUCUGUCAAGAACUUUCCUUCAUUAUCUGUAAAUCAUUGGUAAAUUUCAAGGAAAAAAAUACUGUAUAUUAGCUGCUCAAUUAUAAAAUCACCUUCAGGUUUAAAAGACACCAAGGAGCUCACAAAAUCUACUUGGUUGUUUUUAUUGUGCAUGUAUGUCUUUCAGUUGCCUCACAAUCUGGUAAAAGUACCGUAAUGAUGACAUUCAUCACUACUUUUAAUGUAAGAUGGUAUGGGAGAGUUUAUGUGAGAUUUAAGUAGUUUAAUAUAUUAAAUAGCUUCAACUGCAUCAAGAAAUCAUCUAUGGUUGUGCAAAAGUUUGUUUCUUGCAUAAAUCCCAUAGUAUUUAAUAAUGCUCAUCUAAUACAGUAAUAAUCACAUGUACUCUCACAGAAUGUCAUAAUGAUAUGUACAUUUGUCGGCUGCACUUGUUAACUUGACAGUGCAUCGUCACCUGUAUGUACAGUACUUAUUCUUGAUAUCGUUAUAAAUUUAAAUUAUAUAUACUAGUAUAAGAAGUUGUAGGAAGUACCAGGAAUAUUGCUGUGUGAGGGCAUUGUGCACAACCUAUCACUUCACCAAACAAGAACUUGAAUAGGUAGACUUGUGUUCUAGUUUUGAAGGAUACCAUGUACUGUUUUUGUAAGAAGUGACAUCCAGUGACUAACUUUUUUCCUGUCAGACUUAUCUGCUAUUCCAGAAUCCACAGUAAUUUGUAGUCUCCACAUAGGGGUUUUAUAUUUUCAACAGUGCAAAUGCCCAGGCUAUGCAUGACUACAGACUACCAAGAGAAAUCUUUCUCCCACUUGCAAAUCUUAUAAAUUGUAUGUAUUGGAAAAUUUUCUAAGAGUAAAUUUGAUGACCAUGUUCUGUAAUAUUUAUCUGAUUGUUUGAAAGUGAGAAGCAAAUAUUCAAGUUGAUUCCAGAUUAUCAGGAGAUUUCAGUCAGGGGAGAGGAUUUGUUAAGCAUUUCUUCCAUUAGCUAUUAAUAGAACAACAUCUCAAGGUGAGUGAAGGUCUCUGUAAUGGUUGUCGUCUAUCAGCCAGGAUUAAUAUACAUUACAUAUAGUUUAUAUAUUUAAGUCCUCUGCGGUUAUGAUAUGAUUUUCUUGUUAAAGGUUGUAUGGUGAUUGUAGGUGAGUAUUGUUUCUGCUGCCCAUGAUGAAUGUAGCAAAGCCUUUCCAUGGGUACUUGAUACUUACAGUGUAUUACCGUAUAUAUUAAUGAAUGAUUUUGCAUUUAACCUUGGUAGCAAGUUAGAAAUGUCCAGGUCAGUUAUCAUCCCAGUUACUUUUCAUUUUUAAUUCACAACAUACAUUCAGGUAUUAUUUUUUCUAUAAUACCUAAAACAUUUUGUUAAACAGUUCCUGCAUUUGUGUUUGUCAACUUAUAAAGAAAAGUUUCUUUGAAUUAUUUUAGUGGAAUAGCAAACUGUGGAAGACUGUAGAUCCACAAUAUUUAAUGUUUUCAUGAUUAUCAUUAAUGGAUUGUUAUGAGUUUUAUUGAAGCAGAUUGUACAUUUACCAUAUGUGAAUCUUGAAAAAAAUUGACAAGCUUAGUAUUUUCUGUUAAAGGAAGAAAUCUUUAAAAAUCAAUCUAGAAAUAUACAGUACAGUAUAGGCAGAAAAAUCUGAAAGUCAGCCAUAUCGUAUACUGUAGCUAGGCAGUACCUGUACUGUAGUAUAACAGGUCUCAUACAAUAUACAGUAUAUAUAGAUUGUGUCAGUUUUCAUUUAAUGCCAGUAUGUAACUUUGAGUAGAAUAAUGAUAAUACUGUUCUGGUUAUAUACAAAUAUUCACUGAAUAGUUUUACACUUUGUAAAAAUAAAAAUAAGAAAAAAAAAUUGUAGAUUGAACAUAAAACAUCAGGUACAGUAGUCAGUGAUGUAAUUGUUUUCCACAGGUGAAGCCUCCAAUUAUUUUUCAAAACAGUAUUUUCUAAUUGCUUAAGAAGUAAAUUUGGGUACACCUCCUUACACAUAAAAUAGCAGUAUGACUAGUUUUCAUUGUUGCCUGUAUGGUACUGUACCUAUAGUGACUUAUUUCCUUUUGUUACUCAUAUUUGUAAUCUAAGUGCACCAUUCAGUGAUACCUAACUUUAACCUCUUCCCAAAGAAUAGUGAUUGUGCUCGGGCUUUUUCUGGUACCGUGCGUGAGGCUUCUAUAGUGCCAGAGAUGGCCCAGUAGAGUAUGAGAACUUGAGGCACAAUAAUUGGUUGGUUUUGAUUUAGUGUGCAGUAGUAAACAAGCAAUAUUAUUAGUCAUUCGUUAUCUAGUCCAAGAGUAUCUUCUAGUCAGUAACUGUUUAUGUGUUUAUGCAGAAAGAUUUGUGAAUCUGUACGUAUUCAGUUAAUAAAAUAUAUCAUACA